AUGGAGACAGGCUCUAGAGACGAAGGACGAGCCUGGUGGAUGGAGCCUGAGCACUUCCACAGGCCCCUGGUGUUCUUCGUGGACGCGGAACAGGAGGAGCUGGUGUUCGGGCGCAGCGACGCCGACCUGCGGCGCCUGGAGGAGCACAGCCACACGCUGAUCCAGCUGGAGGCCUGGGCCACGCCGGAGGGCCACACCCGCGUCACCGUGGUGGGGCCCCCAGGGGAGCUGCGCUGGCUGCAGGAGCUGGUGCGCAGCGUGGGCAGCGCGGAGCCCAGGGAGCGGGCCCGCGCCCUGGUGUUGCUGGGGCGGGUGCGCAGAGGCCCGCUGUGCCCGGGGGACCUGGUGGCCGUGGCCAGGGGGCAGCCGCUGCCUGCCGACCCGGACCUGGCGACCCGCCUCAGCGGGCCUGUCUCCCUGCCUCUGCUGCAAGGUGUUCUGCUGCUGUGGUCCGGGUGCUCGGCUUUCUGGAGCUCCCUGUGCCCCUGA